AAUUAUGUCAAAAUACAGGAAGAAAAUCGUAUUUUUAACAAAAAAAAACAAGACAAAUACUCUGCGCGACGACCAGUUUGGGUCUAUAUUUCCUCUUAAGCAACGAAAGACGGAAUAUUUGGACAGGACAGACGACAGAGUGUGCAGUUUAGUUCUAUGAAUCAAGUUUGAAGAUCGAAACGGUGAAAUCCAUUGAUGUAAUAAGAGCAAGUGUAUAUAGACUGGGAUAGGUAAACCCAUGGCGGGUACGGGUCGUAGAGAAAAGGGUCAAACACUUCGCGGAUCUCGAAUCGCCGUAGCAAUUGUUGUCGGAGUUUUAUUCGGUUGCAUCUUUGCCGUUUUGUACCCCCAUGGAUUCUUCAACUCCGAUGCUUCUACUCCGAGUCGUCGAGUUGCUACAUCUAAUCUCCAGGUUGGCUCCUCUUCAUGUGAAUCAUCUGAACGAAUUAAAAUGCUCAAAUCGGAUAUUGUCUCACUAUCAGAGAAGAAUGCUGAGUUGAAGAAGCAAGUAAGGGAACUAAGUGAAAAGCUGCAGCAGGCUGAACAAGGGAAAGAUCAUGCACAGAAGCAGGUUCUGGUGCUGGGUAAACAGCAGAAAGCUGGGCCUUUUGGUACCGUGAAGAGUUUGCGAACUAACCCAACUGUUGUUCCUGAUCCAUCAGUGAAUACGAGGUUAGCAAAACUCUUGGAGGAGGUUGCUGUUGGGAAGGAGCUUAUCGUUGCACUUGCAAAUUCUAAUGUGAAAGCCAUGUUAGAGGUCUGGUUCACUAAUAUCAAGAGAGUUGGUAUACCCAAUUACCUGGUUAUAGCACUAGAUGACCACAUUGUAGAUUUCUGCAAGUCAAAUGAUGUUCCUGUGUACAAGAGAGAUCCAGAUGAAGGUAUUGAUUCUGUUGCAAGAACAGGAGGCAACCAUGCUGUCUCUGCAUUAAAGUUUCGUAUUUUAAGGGAAUUUUUGCAGUUGGGCUACAGUGUUCUUCUUUCAGAUAUUGAUAUAGUAUUCUUGCAAAACCCAUUUGAUCAUCUUUAUCGGGAUUCAGAUGUUGAAUCAAUGACCGACGGUCACAAUAAUAUGACAGCUUAUGGAUAUAAUGAUGUCUUUGAUGAACCUGCCAUGGGUUGGGCUCGUUAUGCGCAUACAAUGAGGAUAUGGGUUUACAACUCUGGUUUCUUUUAUAUCAGGCCUACAAUUCCUUCAAUUGAGCUUUUGGAUCGUGUGGCCGAUCGUUUGUCUCGGCAACCAAACUCAUGGGACCAAGCAGUUUUCAAUGAGGAGCUCUUUUACCCUUCACGUCCUGGCUAUGAUGGGCUUCACGCUGCAAAAAGAACUAUGGAUUUCUAUAUGUUUAUGAACAGUAAGGUCCUUUUCAAGACUGUGAGGAAAGAUGCUAAGCUAAAGAAUUUGAAGCCAGUAAUUGUUCAUGUAAACUAUCAUCCAGAUAAAUUUCCAAGAAUGAAAGCAGUUGUAGAAUUCUAUGUUAAUGGAAAGCAAGACGCGUUGGAGCCUUUCCCCGAUGGAUCUGACUAGUAGUUAUAUUACUGCAGAACAUUAUAGAGAAAUUAGGUUUGGCCCAUAGACGGGCUCAUCAACAUUUCAGUUGUUAUAAUUCAUAUGAUACAGGUAGGUUAAAUUUGAUUUUACCUUUGAAGAUCAAUGUAAGAUGAAUUUUCCUUUUUUUUUUUU